AAAGACUUUGUAAUAGAAAAAAGGGAAAGAGAAAAGGAAGAAAAUUUUGUUAUUUUAAUGCAACGAAGGAAAAUAAUAAAACACAAGAGAUGGUACUGUGGUGCAGAGUGUCUUUGAUGCCUCACGUUGUUUGUGCUUUUUGCAGGGUGGGGCUUUUUCUUGAGAGGGAUUUUAGUGCAAGUGUGAUGUCUGUCUACCCUUGAAAAGUUGUCUUGUGUGGAAACAAAUUCAGAAAGAGAAAGCCACUUUUAUUUUUAUUUCUGUGACUAAUAUAUCUGAUUUAUUUUUCCCCUAUGUAAUGGGUUUUGGAGGUGCUUAGUUUCAGAGUGUGCAACACCAACAACGCCAACAGCAUCACCAUCACCAUCACCAUCAACAUGUCUCAGACAGAUAAGGAUCCGGGUAUCAGGCUAUUUGGCAGGAAGAUUCCGGUGCCGGAAUGUCAGAUUCCGGCCAGCUUUGGACCCAUGGAUGCUUGCAGCAGCAUAAAGAAAACAGAAGCGGAAAUACCAAGUGAUUGUGAAGAAAACUCUGAGCAACAAGAAAAUUCUUCUGAUUUAAGGGAUAGUAAGGUGCAAGGAAAUGAGCCAAAAGUAAAUCCUAAGCCUGUGGAAGAUAACAUGGAGUCUGGUAUCUCAGAUCAAGACAAAGUCUUAAAGAAACCAGACAAGAUUCUUCAGUGUCCACGAUGCAACAGUUUGGACACCAAGUUUUGUUAUUUUAACAACUACAAUGUCAAUCAACCUCGGCAUUUCUGCAAGAACUGCCAAAGAUAUUGGACUGCUGGUGGAACAAUGAGAAAUGUUCCCAUAGGAGCUGGCAGAAGGAAGAACAAGCACCUAGCCUCGCAAUACCGACACAUCAUAGUAACCUCUGAUGGAAUUCCAACCUCCAGGCUAGAAACCACAGACUCAUCUGGUCACCAACAGCAGCAUAUCACAAGCCUUGAAUCCUCAGUUCCAUUCAUAUCUUCAACAGAUAACAGCACUGUGUUGAAAUUUGGUCCAGAUACCCCUCUUUGUGAGUCCAUGGAUUCGAUGCUUAACCUUAGGGACCACAAAAGAUGUGUUGAUGCAAGUUCUCUCACUUGUGUAGAGUAUGGAGGGGAGCCAUCUUUGUGUGGAUCUUCUGUGACAAAUAAUGGUACUCAAGGAAAUGAUGUAUCAGAACAUAAUACAUCAAAUUGGUUACAAUGCUACCCUGUUCCUCCUUGGGUGUUGCCUUAUCCAGGUUGGAAUAAUGUGAAUUCAAUGGAAGCAGUUCAUCAAUCUUCAGCACCAAUGUGUAAUAGUCCAUACAACACUGGUCCUGCAUCAAUGCAAUGGUGUCCCACACCAAUGGUUGCAAUUCCUGGCAUGUGUCCACCAAGCAUUCCUUUGCAACUUGUGCCACCAUCAUACUGGGGUGGAACACCACUUUGGAAUGGUGGAACUGGGGCUGUAUCGAUAGGAUCCAAUGCUUGCCUUUCGCCGUCUUCCUCCACUAGUAACAGUUGCUGCUCUGGCAAUGUCUCCCCGACCCUUGGAAAGCACACUAGAGAUAAAGAUAAUGCUUUUGCUGAUGAAGAGAAGUCAGAGAAGUGUGUUUUGGUUCCAAAGACCAUUAGAAUUGAUGCCACAAAUGAUGCCUCAAAAAGUCCUAUAAGGGCUGCAUUGGCUAUCAAGCCUGACCAACUGCAAUCUGUAUCAAAAGGUGAUGUUUUGAAAAAAAAUGAACCAAAAGAAGGCAAUGAUCGUGUAUCGGGUGCCUCUCAAAUCUUGGAAGCCAAUCCAGCAGCAAUUUCUCGUGCUCAUGCAUUUCAGGAGAGCAUGUGAUAAUUUUCUAGCUUCAAACUUUCCCUUGACAUUUUUUGUCAAAUAAACUGGUGCAUAUUGCAGGCUUUUGUUUCACUUGCAGAAAUCUACUUUGCAGGUAGCAUUACUUUGUGGAAUCCAUUGUGUGAUUUUCAUUGAUGUACUUAAUCUAUAUUGAGCUAUGCUCUCUGAUAAUGAUGAUUUUUGCCUUUGUCACAAUAAACAACAAAUUGAUAGUGGUUACUUUCUGCAACACUCCUCAUUUAAGGUAGUGUAUAUAGAAAGUAUAGGAUGAUGCUAUUAAUGUAUGUUGUCCAUGUCCAUUGGUUUGAGAUGGAUGAGUUAA